GGCGGCGCGCUGCCGGCCGCCGCGCCAGCUGCCCCGCCGGCUCAGUAUCGCGCGCGAGCCCGCCGCCGCCGCCGCACCGCCCGCGCCGAGCCCGCGUCGCCAUGGAGCACUUCAUCGAGACGGUGCGCAAGUACCCGUGCCUGUGGAACACCACCGCCAUCGAGUACCGCGACCAGGAGCUGAAGGACGCCGCCUGGGCCGAGGUCAUGAAGGAGACGGACCUGUCGUCAGUGAAAGAAGUGAAGUUGAAGUGGAAAAAGCUGCGAGAUAGCUACCGUGACGCGCUCAAGCGGCAGAGCGAGAUGCUGGCGAAGGACCCUGCCAACCCCGCCAAGAAGAAUUACCCCUGGAAGUACAUGGGGCUGAUGCAGUUCCUGCAGCCGUACAUGAGCAACAGAAAGAAGCCGGCGGGCUCGCCCAGCUACCCCGCGCCCGCCGCGGCGCAGGAGAACGGGCACCACGAGCAGUCCAGCUCGGAGUCGGAGUCGGAGGCGGAGUCGGCCGCCAAGCGCAAGAGCUCGCAGCUGACCGUCAUCGACCGCAAGCUGGACUACCUGUGCAAGGCGCACGCCGCCAAGCGCGCGUGCCCCGAGCCCGCGCCCGCCGCGCACCCCGACCCGCUCGACAUCUUCUUCAACAGCAUGUGUCAGUCCACCAAGCGCUUCCCCUUCCCCACGCAGAUCAAGAUAAAGAGGAGCCUGUUCAACGCCGUGAUCGAGGCGGAGGAGGCGCUGCUGGCGGAGCAGGCGAGCUACGCCAGCCUGUGGGCGCAGGAGCCGGGCUCGUCCUCCAGCAGCGAGCCCAGCGACGACGAGCGCAAGCCCUCCUGAGCAGGCGCUGCCUCAUCGCACACACGGACUCUCUUAAGAUAUCCUCUUCAGGUGCUACUUUGUAGUUAACAACUAAAUUACGCCAAAUACCUACCAAGUGAUCCGCUAACUAUCUUGACAUCUGGGAUGUUAUUUUGAAUUUAGAAAGGUAUCUUUUACUCCAUUGCUGAGAUUUAAGUAUGUAUGUUAGAAUUUGUGUCAAAGAUGUAAAAACUUUUGUUUUUGCAUUUGAUGUAAUAUCACAAAGUACUAAAUACUUAAGUAUGAUGUUACUACCUACGUAAAUAAUAAGCCGAUAUUAAUAGGUAGGGGUAGUUUUCGUCAAACUUCUUGUCGUCAUGGAAAAUUGCACGAGUCGAAAAAAAAGUACUUCUGAGAAAAGUAAAUGGCCCCGUGUGAAGCUGGGCGGGCAGCUCGUUGUAUAGCGCUGUUAGAGCUAGCUGUUUGAUUGUGGCUAUGUCAACCAGUUAACAUAUGUAUUUAAUAGCAUUGACUGCCUGUUAUUGUGAUUAUCGCAAUCUCCGCAACUGGUAGUAGAUCUAUAUCUAUUUUGAGGUACAGAACACCAGUCGUAUGUAAACUUAGUAGGUAAAGGAGUAACUUUAAUUAAGGAAACUGACUGAAAUUAUUAUUCUUAUACAGUAAUUAUGUAAGGAUGCGUAGUUUUGUAUUACAUAGUUGCUAGUAUGUUAAAACCUAUUUUAUGUGUGUAACUAUGAUAAGUAAAAUAGAACCUAAAAGUAAGUAGGGACUAAAACAAUGUUUUUUUUAAAUAAACGAAUGGAUCCAUAAAAGACAGAAUAUGCAUUUCAGAAA